AUGAGUUCUGCAGUUGAUAAUGAAUCUGCAGACGAGUACGGUCGCUGCUCCGGGUGCUUUCGAAACCACCAGCUGCCACCAUUCUCCCUGCGCAGCCACGCGGCGUCUAUGCGCGCCUCGACUAUAACAGCCGAAACCGAGGGCCGCCACCAGGAACCAGGGCUGCAUGUCUGGCAUAUUCCUCAACCAAAGAUAAAGCUGGACUCCCCUGUCGCUGAGCAAGCUGAACCUCUGCAGCACUUCUGCGAUUCGCCCGAACCGACAUCGAGACCGCCCUCACUUCUGCCACGAUGGUGUACCAUCGAGAGCCUACUGCUCCCCGUAGGUGAACUCGAUCUUGGGUCGCUUCCGGAGAUUGACGCUGCCGAAUAUAUCGAUUCUAUUUCAUCAAUGCGAACUUGCGUGCUUCGCGAGGCCUGGCUGCCCCUCGACCCUGUGCCGGCCGAACUCGACGAGAGCUUGGCGUUUCCGCACGCGUCCGAGGAAUUACGCUUGGCCCUUCGCCGACAACUAGCAGACGAGACAAUCGAAGCGAUAACCGAUGAGACGACUCUCAAAGAUAUGGAUAAGAGACUGCCACUUAGCAGUGAGCCAGAUUCGGCACGGGCAUCUGGCUUCUUCCUCUGCGAGGUUGUUCAUUCACUGCCAAGAAGAACUGCAUGA